AUAUAUUGAUUUUUUCAUAAGCCAUAGUCGAGUUUGCUCUCUAGUCACAAUGUUGGGACAUCUCAUAAGUUCAAAACGAGACAGUUCAUGAGUUGUAUUCAACGAACCACCUAAUCGAGCUAAUUCAAGAGCUUCAAAAGCUGAACAAGGUAGAGCUCAAACUCGACUCGUUUAUUAACGAACCGAGGUUUUUUUUUAAUCGAACGAACUUUUAUCGAGUUCAAUACCGAACCACUAAAAUAGCUCUACUCAGCCUACUCACAAGUCACAAGUCAAAACAUGAUUGGAAGAAACUAAACGGCAUCGUACGAUUCACUGGAGGGGGAGGAAGAGGGGGAAACCACAAAAUAGCUGCCAUCUUCGCAGCCGCAACCCGCAAUCGCCUCCUCCCUCCGUGUACGAAAGAGAGCCUCUUGCCUUUGCCCUCUGCUACUUGCUCUGCUUUCAGCUGUCUUCCUAUAUUCUCUACAGAUUAACGCUACCCCUCUGCUAAGAAUAAUCGGGGUUGGAAAUUUUACGACUUCUACUUUGAGGGUCGCUUAAAAUUUUCAUGCAACCGGCGGUAUUCUCUUCAACAAGUUCCCGCCAGCUCUGCUUCCCACCAUGGAAAUCCGAUGAGUUCCCCCGAAAACCCAUUUCUCUGAAUCCCAUCAUCAAACCCCCCUCCAAAACCUUGACUUUGACGCGCUCUCUUACCACCUCAAUCAACUAUGGACCCGAAGAAGACGUCGACAACACCGGUCCCCCGGAACCCGGACCGAAAACAGGACCAAUUUCGCCUGCCAAGCUCCCCGUGGUGGUCCGGAAAUCGGGUCGGGUCUCCAGAUACACAUGGGAUGGGAGCCGCUUGAACUUGGAGAGCGUUGAUGGCGGCGGCGGUGGGGCGGCUAUGUGUUUCGAGGAUGGAUUCCGGCAACUGUUUCGGAUUUCCGGGUUAGCACUGAGAAAUGUGUUUAUUCCCAAACGUGUCACUGAGAAUUACAUGCAGUAUGUGAAAUGGAAGCUCUUGCACAGGGUUUUCAGCUCUGCUUUGCAGGUUCUCGCCACUCAGGCCAUGUUUAGGGCUAUAGGCAUAGGGUUUUCUCGAUCACUACCAUCAGCAGCUGCUUUCAACUGGGUAUUGAAGGACGGACUUGGUCGACUAAGUAGGUGCAUUUAUACCGCAAGCCUGGCAUCUGCAUUCGAUACGAAUUUGAAGAGGGUCAGGUUCUCGACAUCGGUUAUGUUCAGCCUGAGUAUUGGAGUUGAGAUGCUGACCCCUGUAUUUCCACAGUACUUCCUGCUUCUAGCUACUGUGGCUAAUAUUGCCAAACAAAUUAGCUUGGCCUGUUACUUGGCCACUAGUUCUGCUGUUCAUCGAAGUUUUGCAGUAGCGGGUAACCUUGGUGAAGUUUCUGCAAAGGCACAGAUACAAUCAGUCUGCUUUGACAGUCUUGGCCUCCUGCUUGCUGCAAUCUUGAACUUAUCAUUCAAGAAAAACCCGAAACUGCUUACAAGUCUGCCUUUUUUAGUCUAUCCAUUUUUUGCUGCUGUUGAUGUCUUUGGAAUAUAUCAAGGGCUUAAGCAUGUCCAUCUGCAGACAUUAACUAAGGAUAGACUUGAAAUUAUCCUAGAUACGUGGAUCAGAUCAGGAUGUGUGCCUUCACCUGAAGAAGUCAGUAAAGAGGAAGGAGUCGGUAUCUUCAGAAGCAGAAGGAAGCAAUCAUGGCCCAUUAGAAUUGGUAACCUAACCGUUGAUCAGCAGAUACCAAAACUUUCAAUGAUGGCAAUGCAGUCUUUAAAAAGUGAGGACUAUUACUUCAUUAGCGUGGAGAACAUCCGUGGGGGGCUACUCCCACAAACCAGACAACCUGGUCUUUUCCUUUGUCUACGUGAAGGAGCUGGCACUGCUGAUGUGACGAAAGGUUUGUUGCAGGCAUGCUACAUACGUAGAGCACUGCUCUUGAGCAGUAGGUGGGUGAUUGCUGCUAUAGAGAGCUCCCCUUCAAACUUGGUUGUGAGGGAGUGGUGUAAGCUAUUGGAGGACACUAAGGUAGCAGCAGAGAGGAGUUUGAACCUAUUAGAUGAUCAGAUGGCUGAACUCGGGUGGGCUCGCAAGAACAUAUUGCUCAGUUCAGGGGAACAAGCUAGACCAGAAUCAAAUCGAUUUGGCAUAGGACCAGUUAGACGAUAAAAGAAAACCGAGGACCAGAGUUGGAUGGAAAGUGUUUGUAGUCUGCUUUUUUGUUGCUUUUACUAUGGAAGACUGCAUUUCCUCGGAGGUAUGGAAUCAAACUCAAGUCCAUCACAAGUAAUUGGUAGCCUACCUGUAAAGCAAGCAACACUAGUUCAGCACUUCAGCUUUGAGAAGAGUUUAAGGUGGCUCUCUGUUGUACAAUUGGGGAGAAUUUUGGUGGGGGAUCUCUUCUUGUAAGUUGUGUUAUAUAUGUAGCCGUAGUUGCUAGGGUUACAGAAGCUGUUGUAUUUUGUAUAGCAAAACAGCGUAAACCACCACUUUCAAUUGCGAUUUAGUAGUCAUAUUGUAGAUUUUACACAGAAGUGGCACAAUCGUCAACAUUUGAACUUUGAGAUCAACGGCGGAGAGAGGAGAGUAUUCAUACAAGAGGAAGAAAGAAGAAAACAAGAGUUUCAAGAUGCCAAAAUCAACGGCAUGAAAGAAAACUUUGGGUGUUCCAGUAACACAGUCACAGGCCCAGCAAAGCAAUAACCCAAAGCUCUACUCCUAUAAAGAAACCAGUUUCAGAUUAUUCUCUCAACCAAUUUUUUUUGGAGAACUAAUUCAAAAUGGAACAAAGCAACAGCAAAGUCUCAACAUGAAUACAGCUGAUACAUGUCCACUGGAAAAGAACCGCAACAAAACCCAAAAAAAAAAACUCAUGAACAGAGCCUCAUGUAAUUUCAACUAGCCAUUGGGUGGUUAUGAAUGUACUCAAUAGCAAGUUUGCAGGAAUCGAUCUUGUCGGCUUCCUUGUCUGGAAUCUCCAGCUUGAAUUCCUCUUCCAAAGCCAUCAAAAUCUCGACAUUGUCCAAGCUGUCUAACCCUAGAUCACUCUGGAAAUGUACAUCCGGAGUCACCUGCAGGCACAAACGAUUGCAGAUUCAACUGUCAUCAAGUGUAUCCAAUACUAGGGAAAAAUCAACAGCGGGUUUCAUGGAAGCAGAAACAAAUAAGUAGAUAAAAAGAACUCUUGUCCCCCAACAAUACAAUCAAUAACACUACCAUGGGCAGUGAGUGACAUUCAAACUGACAUUCUGACUUUAAUGAUCGACUGUUGCAGGAGCGAAUGCAAAGCUACAUAAUGCAAAGUAGAUUAAGAUAACCCCCAAGAGAGAGUGAACUAAGAAUUAAUUUCAAUUCCCAUGGACAUCAGCAUAGUCUGAUGUAUCUCUCCUCAAGAGAGAAUCAAAAUGCUGUUAGAAAACCAGUCCAUCUUUCCGGACCACACUGAUUAUGUAUCGAAAUUCAACAGUUCUGUGUGAAUUAGGCCUUCCCCAUCUAUGCCUGGCAACCUCAAGGGUCAAGACGUAAAGUUGCUUCAUUUAAGAUUAACUAGCAUAAGAUCUUGCCAGAAAUCUCUCAAGGGCGAUGAGCUAGGCCAGGGGCGGAGCCAGGGGAUAUUGGGGGUGUCCCAGGACACCCCUAGUUUUUGGGAUAAUGAUUAUCCAACCCCCGGUAGUAGUUUUCGUGUGGAUAAAAAAUAUAAGUGGUAGACUAGGUGAUUUAAAUUAGGAUACUAAGAUUAUUAGUAAACAUGUUUUUCAUUAGACCACAACUCAUUUGUUAUUGUAUUUUAAACACUAGUUUAAUAGUAAAAAUGAUAUUCCUUCUCCCAAUUAUUUUGAAAAUCUAACAAUUGAACCUGAUUACGGGUUAUCCUUAUUCCCUCCAUUCUAUCAUAUCCAUUGGUUUACUUGCUUCUCAAAGUAAUUGAUUUUACCGAUUGCAACUACAUGUGUUGAAAUAACAUAUUUAGUUUUGG